GGCACAGCGAGGGAGGAUGCUUCAGAUAAAAACGGCGGCAGGAGUACUCGGACUGUCCUCAUCUGGAUCUGCAAACCCGGAAUAAACCAGGGGACGUCCCGCUUUUAUCGGACUCUACCGGACUCUGGUUGUUUCUUUGGGACUCCUCAGUCCGGGCUGUGGUUAGCGGCGGCUCGGAGCAGGACCGGGAGGAGCUGCGAGCGGAAGAGCAAGGUGUAGAUGAGCCUCCCGCUGACCGUCUGGAGGAAGUUUUCCUUAUAUAGCCAAGACUUUCUCCAACCCAGUGCACCAUGGGAACUGCAGGCCUCUUCAUGCUUCUCCUCUCCUUGGUGACAUCAUCAGUGUGUGCCGGAGUGGGCGGGGCCAGCCAAGGUGGCGGUGUGCUGUGCCCUCUGCAGUGUGUGUGUGAGACACGGCCCUGGUACACCCCGCAGUCAGUGUAUCACCAGGCCCGGACAGUCGAUUGUAACGAACUCCAUCUACAGAGAGUGCCGGCCAACAUGUCGUCUGACACACAGGUGCUGCUGCUGCAGAGUAACAACAUCUCCUCCAUCACUACUGAGCUGCAGAGUCUGACUAACCUGACAGAGCUUGACCUGUCGCAGAACCACUUCACACAGGUGAGCUCUAUGGGUCUGUCCUCUCUGGGUUGCCUGGUGACUCUAUACCUGGAGGAGAACCACAUUGAGGAGUUGCAGGACUUCAGCCUGAGGAACCUGUCCAGUCUGGAGGAGCUCUACAUCAACCACAACCGCAUCUCCUCCAUCGGGCCCAGAGCCUUUGCCGGGCUCAACAACCUGCUGCGGCUCCACCUGAACUCCAACCGAUUGGUGGCCAUCAACAGUCAUUGGUUCAAGUCCCUGCCAUCCCUGGAGAUCCUGAUGAUUGGGGAGAACCCCAUCCUGGGUCUGGAGGAGAAGAACUUCUUGCCUCUGUCCCGCCUCCACAGCCUUGUGCUGGCUGGGAUGGGACUGGCCUCCAUCCCCUCUGCCGCUUUCCUGGGUCUCGAAUACCUGGAGAGCCUCUCCUUCUACGACAACCGGCUCAGGUCUGUUCCCCGGGACGCUCUGAGCAUGCUCCCUAACCUGAAGUUCCUGGACCUGAACAGGAACCCAAUCAGCCGAAUCCAGCAGGGAGACUUCCAGAACCUUCAGCACCUGGAGGAGCUCAGUCUGAACAACAUGGAGGAGCUGCUGAUGGUGGAACGAGAGGCUUUUCACAACCUUCCGGAAAUCGCCAAGCUGGAGCUGAGCAACAACCCUCACCUGUCCUACAUCGACCCGCAGGCCUUCAGCGACCUGUCCUCCCUCCGGACUCUCCUCCUCCAUAAUAACCAGCUCAGCCUCCUCUCUGGAGACCUCCUCUUCUCCCUGCCCUCCCUGGAGGAGGUAUCUCUUUACUCUAAUCCCCUGCGAUGUGACUGCCUCUCCUCCUGGGCUCCUCACCUUGGCAACCAAUCACGCCUCAAGCUUCUGGAGUCCUCCAUCACCCUCUGCUCCUCACCGUCUCAGCUGAUUGGUCGGGAGCUGCAGGAGGGCGGGCCCAGCAGCUGCCUGCCUCACAUCUCUCCACACGCCUUUCCGCCAGCCAUGAAUGUCAGUGCCGGGCAGCCAAUCACACUGGAGUGCUGGGCGGAUGCUGACCCUGCCCCUCAGUUCUACUGGGUGACGCCCACUGGAGACAAGGUGAGCUCAGAGGCGGCGGCUGAACCAAUCAUAUCAGAGGAGGGCCAUGGCCUAAAGAGGAAGAAGAAGCAUCCUGUGUUGGAGCCCAGAGCACUGGUGAUUGAACACGCUGAGCCGUCAGAUGCAGGUGUGUACACCUGUGUAGCAUGGAACACGGAGGGGGCAGACACAAAGAGCAUCUCAGUCUUCGUGGACUCUCAGGGGUCCGUGGGCUGGUGGUCGGACAGGGGAGACUGGUUGGAUGGGGAGCCCAGCAGACAGCAGCCCUGGCUGGGGAACUCGUCCAGUGCUGCAGCCUCUCUGGUGGUGCUGGCAAAGGUGGUGCACGCUCAGUCGGUGCUGUUGGAGUGGAGGCUGUAUUCGGGCAGAGGGCCUUCCUCUGCGGGUCUGAACCAGCAGGACGUCCCCCUACCUGUGCCCCGGUGGACCAGUGCCACUGUGCACAUUGACAAUCCUCAGAUCAGCUACACUGCCAAGGUCCCAGUAGAUGUUCAGGAGUACAACCUGACUCACCUGCUUCCUGCCACAGAGUACCACGUCUGCCUCACCGUCUCCUCCUCCCCUCCGCCCCCCAACUCCCCCUCUUCCUCUCCCACCUCCAUCUCUCCAUCCUCCUCCUUCUCCUCUCCUGUCCACACGUCCUGUCUCAACAUCACCACCAAAGAGGCGGAUUUCUCAGUGGAGCCAGUGGCGUCACGGCACAGCAGCGUGGCGUUGGCCGCCGUCAUGGGCUCCAUGUUCGCUCUGUCCAUCAUGGCACUGCUGGUGGUCUACAUGGGCCGCCGCGUGCAGCAGCAUAAGUCCUGUGGCCACUCGCUGAAGAAGUACGUGCAGCACGCCAUGUCCAUCCCGCUGAACGAGCUGUACCCGCCGCUCAUCACCCUGUGGGAGAGCGAGGCCGAGAAGGACAAAGAUGACAAGGAGGAGGAGGAAAGGGAGAGAGGAGUCAGGGAGGAGGAGGCAGGGGGCAGUCAGAUCAACACGACGAAGACAUACAUGUGGUAGCUGGAGAGGUGGGGGGUGCAGAGGAGAUGCUGGAGGGAUGAAGGGUAACAGCAAUGAGAGUGGUCAUGUGGCUCAGAGAAGAGCCUGACAGACAAACUGGGGGGUAGAAAUGAUAAGCAACACAUCUGGCUGCUGAAAACCAGAUGGGGCAGAUGUGAGCAUACGAAAUGACUGAUGGAUAAAAUCGGGCCAGAACACGCCACCACGCCCAGCGAAUCCACUCUGAGGACUGUUCUGCUGCUUCUCCAUGUUUUAGCCCGUUAGUGACAGAUCCCACAUCCGUUGUCAUUCUCCACAUCAUCCACUUCCAGAUUCAGUCAAAACAGACACUGAACUUGAUUUAACUUGUUUGUUGUGGCUGACAGAGCUGAGAGAUCAAAACGCCCUCCCUGCUUGUGCAUCUAAAGUCACUUUGUUCCUCCGCAUUUAAACGGAACAGAGUGGGCCCCUUGGUGGAAGUCAGUCAGAUGACACAUAGAGACACAGAACAACUAAACACAAAAUAAACACAAUUUGUGCUUAAUGGGCUGAAACAUGAAAAACACCAGCAUGUCUGUUUUUCACAGCUUCACUUGUUAAACCGGGGCAGCUGGACGUCCUGCGCACAGAUCUGAGUUUGACGGACAUUACCAGAAGAGGUCGGUGGAUUUGUUUUCCCUCAGUUCUGUUGCUCAAACUGAGGGUUGGGGGCCUGUAUUUAGCCCAUCUGCUGGUUUAAACAGGACAGUUGUCCCUCCAGCAGCAUCUGAGGAGUCGUUCCAGGGCAGUGAGAUGUCAACUAGAUUUGCUUCGUUUCAUUUUCUCUUCUGUCCUCUUCCCUUGUCUCCGCCCUGUGAAGCACACUGUAGCUGAAAUGAUUAUUAUAACUGAGUUCAUGUGAUAAACCUGAAUGCAGCACCAACAAGCAGUCAUGUGGUCACACAUAUAGAUCCUGUAUUUAAAUCUCCAGUUUCAGUGGACAGAAACGUCACACAUUCAAAGCUGUUUAAACCUCCUCUGCCUACUGUUUCUUCAGCCCAGAGGGU